AUGAAGGCCUCAUGUUCAACACCAAAGACCUUGAAUGCCCAGGAAAUGAGGCUUCAGGCCAGAUACGUCAUCUCCAUUGACUGGCAGCCAUGCCAGGUCCGACCAGAGAGUAUCCUCCCUCCCUCGAACACCACCCACUCAUGCCAGCUCCAACCUACCCCACCCGCUGUUGGAGGACCUAUUGCAGGCCAGGUUCCUGCAAAGGCCGAUUCACUCAAGGGGUGGACGGACCUGCGACUGGCAGCUCAAGUCAACUACCACCAUGCCUCAUCCUCCCACCAGGUGUGCUUCACAGCACCGGUGCCCGGCCCCUACUUGCUGUCGCUGCAUCUGCUCUUCACCAAUGCCUUCCAGCUGCGCUCCACCCGCUCCCCAGCAUUCAACCACGGCUAUGCCGAGUACGAGCAGGUGUUUGCUCGAGUGAUCCGGGUGGUGGCCCCUCCAACGUACUUCCCCCUAGCACUCCGCGCCCUUCUGCCAUGGUGCACGGCAGACAUGCUGCGCGUGCACGGCAACCAGGGGUACUGGUUGCAGCACAAGUGGAUGCCCCACGCCUGCCGCCUGCGCACUGUCACCCCCGUCGAUGCCCUCUCCUGCUUCCACCGCCAUGUCCUCAUCAUGGCCAUAAAAACGUCCUCAUCAUGGUCCCACGUGCGUCAGUGCAUGUCGCCCUCUUCUGGGUUGCCCUCCAUUCCUCCCCGUGGUGGUGUGUGUGCAGGUGACUCCGAGAUGCGCUUCUUCUUUGGCUUCCUCACGCACUUCCUGGUCAACCGCACACGCGGGGCGUAUCUGAGCUCCAUGGGGGGCGACCUGCAGGCGUUUCACGGGUUGCAAAGCCUCCCCAAGACCACCAAUCACACGGACGGCAGUGGGGAGCUACUGCGCACGCCCGUGCUCUUCCCCCCACCCGUCUUCACCUUCUACGGAGGGCUACACAACGGCUUCACACGCCAACAGUUCAAUGUGAGCAUGCGUGGGCGCACUUACCUGUUCAAUCUGACGUACGCGUCGCACAUGGGGGCAGUGCAUGAGGUGCUACCAGGGUGGAUGUACAACACGAGCCUCACGGGGGGUGAGGUGGUGAGCCGCCCAGACACGCCCUUCCGCCUCGCCGCCUACGGCUCCUCGCUGCAUGACCUCAUCACAUUGGACACUGCGCAGGACUAUGCACGCGUUGCUCGCUCGCACCUGCUGCCCAGCCUGCGGCGGCUCGUGCAGGACCCGCGGCAGGUGACGGUGUUUGGGCCGUGGGCAGCGAGGGAGGACAGCAAGCCGCGUUGGAUGCUCUUCAAGAGCGACAACGUGCGCGGCCUGGCCUUCGAACAGGAAGCUGCCAGCAUCACACCACAGCUUGGUCCCCUUGCUGCUCUUGUCAGCAUUACCCUUCACCUCGGCUGCUCUCGUCUGCCUAAUGUAUGUCAGCCGACAAAUGCCUCCCUUGCUGUAACUGUCUCUGGGGCCGUCGAUCAAGCCACCAGAACGACGGUUACAGAAGGCGUCUUAGCGUGUUGCUCACGCGAACGCACUAUUCACGGGCCGACCGGCCGGCCACUAAGUCGCGGUGACGUGUAG